CGGAUGUUACUGAUUUAGCUCUGUAUUUCAAUAGACCAGGAAGUUCAGUCACCUCCCCAGCCCAAGACAUAAACAGAGAAAAAAUCUGUUUAAAACAUUGUUAUGAACAUGUGAAUUAAUUUGAGAUCAGAACAGCGGAGGAAGUAACAAAUUACAAAAUGGAAAUGACCGCUGGGACUAACAAAUCAUUGCCUUCUCAGCGGGUCAAUACUGGCAAAAACCAACAAACAACACAGAUGCACUAUACACCUCACAAUAUGGCCACAGUGGCUGCAGAUGCAGCAGCUUCGGUUCAUGCCAGUGCCCAUGCUGGGCCAAUGAAUGAUGCCAAAGCCAAAACGGUUUUAAAAGAAGCAGUGGAUGCUGUUGUAAACAGUUUCGCAAAGCAUACGCAUGGCCACGGCAGAGUCAAUGUGGUGGAAGCAUUGCAAGAGUUCUGGCAAAUGAAACUUGAAAGAGGCGCAGACUUGACCAAUGGUGCUCUAGUUGUCUAUGAGUCCCAGCCUGCCACUACCCCACCCUUUGUAUGUUAUGUUAGCUUGCCUGGCGGCAGUUGUUUUGGAAGUUUCCAGAUCUGUAACACUAAAGCUGAAGCCAGGCGGAGUGCAGCCAAGAUAGCUUUGAUGAAUUCAGUUUUUAAUGAGCAUCCCUCCAGAAAAAUUACAGAUGAAUUUAUUGAGAAGGCCAUUGCAGAUGCUGUGACUUCAUUUCAGGGCACGACAUCAGAUGCAGAGAAUCCAAGCACAGGAAUAGGUGCCUUUAAGUUUAUGCUGGAAGCCAAUCGUGGGAGAUCCAUGCUAGAGUUCCAGGAACUCAUGACAGUAUUCCAACUUUUACACUGGAAUGGGAGCCUGAAGGCCAUGCGAGAAAGGAACUGUUCACGCCAGGAAGUGCUUGCCCAUUAUUCUCACAGGGCCCUUGAUGAUGACAUGAGAUCUCAGAUGGCGUUAGACUGGAUAGCCAGAGAACAGGAGUCCCCAGACAUAAUUGCUAAUGAGCUGGAAGUGGCAGAAAAAGAUCUGGAGGGUGCCAGGCUAGCUGGACGGGAGCUUCGCUUUUAUAAAGAGAAAAGGGAUAUUCUGGUUCUAGCAUUGAGUCAGAUAAGUCCCAAUGGUGAAACUAUUGCCUAAUAAGUUUGCCUCUAGUAUUUGUUUCAAAUCUGAAGAACUACAUUUGUUAUUGGUUGUGGCCAGUUGAAGCAGCUGUUUAUUUAUGCAAGUUUCUUGUUAAACUUGAGUUCAUUUCAUUAUUCAUACCUUUUUAAAAUCAUAAGGAUGUUGUAUUAAUGGUUGUUCAUCAUGUGUUACAUAAAAACUUAAAGGGAAUCUCUUAUUCACAAUUACUGAAAUUUUGUUAUUUAAACUACAUCACAGUAGAUCAUUAUUGUAAUGUAAUAUAUGGAGAUAAGUUCCAACAGAGAGGUCACACUUUAAUUGUAAAUUAAACCCUGAUUAAAGGAUGCUUUCAGCACACCCGACUCUUUAAAAUAGCUACAAUUAAAUGACUGGGUAGAAAAAUGUACAGCUGCAUAAAAGUUGAUCACUGACAAUGUCAAAGACAUUUCUGUCGUCUAUAUCAAAAUUCUGAUAUAGACUCAUUGUUGGGCCAUUCAAAAAACAAACAAACGAAGAGAUGGUAGACUCUAAAGUACAUGUGAGGUUAACUUAAAGAUGACCAGUUAUCCAAAGUGUUAAUGUUCUACUGUGGUUUAACCAUUUAUUUUCACCUGAGAGUAUUCAUAUCCAUAACAAUGAUAAAUCAAACUCAAAGUUGUACACAUGUGAUCAUUAAUUUUGUUUUGUAUAUUUUCUAUAUGUUAUGUAGACUAGAUGCUUAUAUAAUGGCAAAUACUGAAAAUCAAUUGUGUGAUAUUAUAUCAAAUAUUAGCUCAUAAAUAAUUACAGUUAGUGUUAAAAAAAACAACAACUUUCCCUAAGAACAAUUAUAAAAAAUCAGUUUGUUCUUUAGAAAGUGUUAAUUGUAGUUAAACAAUAAAUAGCACUAUAAUAAUUCCUUUUUUGAAUAAGAAGAUUACAGGUUAAUCUUUAUAUUAAUUAGAACAUUUUUUUAAAAAUGUUUAUGCAAUUGUGUUUGCUAUUUAAUUGUAUUAAUUCUUAUAAAUUGUGUCCUGAACUGUAUAUAACAAUAUGGUAUUAUAAUGACCUAUGAUUGCCUGUUUGAGAUUCACUAAAUGAAUUAUUUUAAUCCUAUAUAUUUUAAACAAUAAUUGUUACACCUACUAGCCUUUUAAAAUACAAUACAAAUUUUUUUAAAUGAACAGAAACAAAUUUUUGAAACAUUCAUUUUGUACUUUUUAAUCUCUUCACUACUUUCAGCACUCAUGGAUUUAUGUUUAAUUUUUUCAUGUUGUUGAGAAUGUAUCUAAUAUUUUACAAAAAAAAAUAUUUUCUAAAGCACUAACUUCAAAUAGUGGCAGAAUCUUUUAUGGCAUGUUAUUAAUUUAACAGUUUAAAGAGAAAUGCAUUAAGGAAAAAUAAAUAAAACAACAUUUUAUAGUUUCAAUUUGAUAGAUUUUGAGAUAUUCUGGUUGUGACCUAAAUGUAUUUAUGUAUUUCUGUUUAAAAGCAGAUUUCAAUGUUUUGUGUGUUUCAGAAACUUUUUCCCACCUGACAGUUUGUAUCUUCUUUAUCUACCAAUAAAUAUAUAUAUAUAUAUUGGCUAGGCCAUUCUUAAGUAGUGAAAACAUUCUUUUCUACCAUGGCUUUUACCUUCAAUAUUACCUCUCCCUUACCUCUAUUGAUGGGCUAUUUUUUGUAACUGCUGAUUUUUUUUUCACUAUCUUAACAUUCUUGUCUUAGGCUACAUUCUGAGAAAUAUGAAGGAUUGUUUUUAUAAUUGUCUCCUAUUUACUUCCAUUAUGACUAUUUUACAAGCAGAAGAUUUUAUAUUGUUUAAUAUAAAAGCAAAGGAUCAAAGCAUACUUUCAGGUUGUGUUUUGAGUUUGAAAUAGUUUUUUGUUUUUAUUUUGUGCACAGUUAAAUUAGAAAGUCUGUGCACUCUGAAUCUGUUGUUGUAUUGAACAUGAUUCUAUGGGGCAGAUGAUGUUAAGGUCAUCUGUUUCUACAAGCAGUGUGUCAUAUUGCCAGCACAACGACCAACCGCCUUUACUUUCCCCAACUAAAGUCAGGUACCCAUUAGAGUUGGGUGAACUCAGGGGUGCCCUGAAAAUCCCAAAAUUCAAAAUCCCAGUCUUCACCAAGAUUUGAACCUAGGACCACAGGUUCGAAAGCCAAGUGCUUAACCACUCUGACACCACGCCCCCAUUGAACAUGAAUGAAAUAGUGAAACCAUAUGAAAUUCUCUGUAUCACUUGAAUUAUUUUGUUUAUUAUUUAUUUUUAGAACAAAACUUGUUUUACCACACAAAUACUUGUCAAUAUUAUUGUUUUAAACAUUUUAUAUGCCUUUUAAUAUUUUAAAUAUACAAAAUCUUUAAAAAUGAGAAUUGUUUUUUUUUCUAAAGCUUGGUCAUGUAUUGACCAGGGUGUGCCAGACUAAAGUAUGCUGAGAAUGAUAAUGUUUUGACAUAUUUUGAAAAUUAUCACCAGAAUUCAAGUUGAUUCCAUCAAGAACGUGAUAGCCAUAGUGGAUGUGCCAUAUGAUAAUAGUUUUUGAACUAUCUUCACAUCCCUGUAUCUGACACUGCUCACUGUUAACCCAUGCAGUCUUGUAAGAGUUUUAGGCUAGGACAUAAUCGUUUUCAUUUUAAAUGUGUGAUGUCUAAAACGUAAGGAUUAAGCAACACUUUUUAAUAUCUAUUUGAUAAAGAUAUAUGUAUGUUGAUAGCCAUACUUAAAGCUAUUAACCAAGAUCAACAACACUCUUUGAAACAAUGUUUUUAAUGCAAGUGAGUUGAAUUUAACAAGUUUUUAAUGUAAUGUCACAUUUGAAAUCUACUAUUUCUUUGUCUUAAUAUAUGUUGAUAUGUUAUAAUAUAAGCUACAUAUAUGUAUUUUUUUUUCUUCUUUAGAAUUUUGACAUUUUUAAUAAGGAUUGUGACUAUUUCAAUUUAUCUGCCUUACAUUUUUUGUUCUUUUUAUAUGCACCUCAAGUGUUGUGACAAAUGAUUUUCUUUUAAUAAAUAAAUACAUUUUAUAUAAAUAUAUUCUCUAUAUAAUUUAAGAUAAGUAAAAGAAAUUGCUGACUU